CAGAUUUAGAGACUAGAGGAGCAGCAGAGUGAGCUGCUGAGGAUUGUGGAGCGACUCAUCCUGAGGUUAUAUCGGGAGAUACCCUAACUUCAGACUGAAAUGGAAGAAGGGGAUCAUUCAGUCGAGCAAUCUGUUGAAGCUAAGGCACAAGGGGAAGCCCCAGCUUUACAGAAUGUCAGUGGAUCAGUAGCACCAGCCCCACAAAUGCCGCAGUUUCCUGCACAGUUUGCACAGCAGAUGGCUGCGAUGUUUCAACAAAUGGCUGGGGGUAUGUCUGCUCAAGCUCCACCCCAGACACCUGUAGCACAACCACUGCCUCCAGCCAGACAGUAUGAUAAGUUAUUGAAGUAUGGAGCUACUGAAUUUAAGGGUACAGUGGACCCUUUAGAGGUAAAACAAUGGCUUGAAAGGAUGGAUAGAGUGUUUAAAAAGCUGCACUGCCAAGAUGAACUGAAGUUUGAAUACUCUGUGUCACUACUUGGCGAAUCUGAAUUUUGGAAGUUGAUAAAUCUGUUGAAAUUGAUUGAGAUAAUUGUAAAUUAG